UUCAUGUGCGGGUCCACACGAAGGAAAAACCUUUUGAGUGUGAGGUGUCUGGGUGUGAAAAACAGUUCAACACUGUGUACAGGUUACGUGCCCACCAACGAGUACACACAGGUCAGACAUUCAACUGUGAGGAAGACGGCUGCACCAAGUUCUUCACGAAGCUGUCUUACCUUCGCAAACACAUCCGCACACACACAGGAGAGAAACCUUUCAAGUGUGUGGAAGAUGGUUGUGGGAAGGCAUUCACAGCCAGUCAUCACCUCAAGUCACACAAAAUCACCCACACAGGAGAGAAGCCCUAUCAGUGCGGUCAAUGUGAGGGCAAGGCCUUCUCUACAUCUCACAGCCUCAAGAACCACCUGAACAGGCAUGUGGCAAAACAGGAGAACAAACAGAGCGUGGAGCAUAUUGAACAUUCAGAGUCUUCAUUACCGAUGAUGGAUGCUGAGGAGUUGCUGGAAACCAUGACAAAGUUCCAAACCUCCCAUCCCAGCAACCAGGGAAUCACAUUGUAUCCAGUCGAUGAGGAAGGUAACAUAGAGGUAGAGCCAGUGAUUAAGGUUCCCAUAGUAACAGCUGGAGUUAGGCCACGAUCAUCACAGCCUGCCUCUGAAACCACGCCCACCUCUCGUACGUGUAACACUGACUGCAAAUGUGCUUGCUGUGACAUGCCCUUUGCUAUAACCCCCAGGGUCGUAAAAUCAAAAGUGAAAAGUGGACCACAGAAAAAGAACAGAUCUAGUAAACAGGAUGCCGCAAAACAACAAAAAACUUUUACUUCAGAACAAUGCUGCUUUUCGCCGGAGAUAAGUGAUAAUGUAGAAGGUUAUUCAGAAUUACAGGAUUCUGAAUGUGUUCUGAAAUGUGUUGCGGAUCAUAAAUGUGCUACUACUUCUGGCAGUAAUACUUACAUUGGUUCCGGUCACAAUAAUAUUGAUAACAAUGUGGACAUGGUGUCCAGUGAUACAGGGGUACCCCUGAUAGACGGUGCAGUUCCCAAUACGGGGGAUGGGGAGGGUGUGGAAGAGGUGGGUGAGAAAGUACUUGUUCAGCAUUACCUACUGACCAGCAUCAUAACAAACUCGUCCAGCGGUAAACAGACCAAUCAGUUGAUCACCACGCCAAUCAUGCUGCCAAAUGCCUGUAACACAGAGGUAAACAGUGACCAGUUGAAACCGGUUCCUGUCCACUUGGUGGCCAAUCUGCUUGUCGGGCAACAGUGUGAAAUGGCUACCGAAUCUCCGGUGUCGGCCGUCAGUGCAUUUAGGGCGGAAUUAAUACCCGAGGGCAUCAACACAGGGGUGUAUCCCAGCGAACAAGAUGCGGCAACUUGUGAGACCAAUGAAAUUGGAAAUAUUGCAUACAUUAAACAGGCGAGCAUUGGUGACAUUGAAUCCAUGCCGUAUCCAAACUCAAUCUGUGAUAACGUUGAGGGAAUUACUAACAUCACUGUUUCAGAACCCAGUUUAAUGUCCACCCCUGUCGCUCCAAUGAUUAUUGAUGCCCAAUGUAUGGACAAAUGUUGCGACUACACGGGGACAGUAGUGGACGGAAGGGAGUUCCUACUGACUGGCCCACUGACCACUGACCUUCCCCAGGGUGGGAAUGUGGGUCAGGGGGUCAUGGUUAUUGGGCCAGGGGACUUGGAACUCUCAAUGGCAGCUUCACAAGAACUGAAUGACGCCCUCUCAAGCAUUUAGUUUUCAGGAAAUAUGGGAGACUCGUUUGGGGAAGACUGGGCUUAAUGCAUGGGAGUAAAGUGUCAUCUCAGAUUAGCCUGUGCAGUCUGCACAGGCUAAUAAGGGAUGACACUUUCUGCUUUUAUUUAAUUUUUAGUUUCAAGAAAGUUUCUAAAAAUUAAACGUCCAGUUUAUGCGGCAAGUGUCGUCCCUUAUUAGCCUGUGCACAUUGCACAGGCUAAUCUGGGAUGAUUCUAUGCAAAUGCAUUAAGCUCUGUUUUCCCAAAACUGUAACUUACAGACAUCUGUCAUAAGAGUCACUUACACUUCACCUUUCCCCACUGAGUUAUGUCUAUUUUGACAUAGAUUUCCGAGUUAAAGUUGUCUCUUGAUAGAUCUAUAAACUUUACUACCAGCGAAAUGGCAACUCAUGUUAGAGGUUUAUGAGUGACCAAGUACAUGUACAAAGUGCACUUUCAGUUCAUCGUCUAAAACAGAACUAUAAUCAUUGUUGUAAUUACAAUACUUCUUUGAGGCAAUAUUAUUUAUGUGAUAAUAAAACAAAGGUUUAUUUUAAAACGCAGUGAACAUGUCAUAUUAUGCAGAAUUAUUUCUUAAUAUCUUAAGACUCCCAUUAAGUGUUACAAGAAAGGAUGAAUUUAUGCAGAACAGAAGAUGAAGUUGUUACCUGUGUUGCUCAGCGUAAGAUAAGGUCCCGUAUUCACCAACCAAUUCUUAAACUUAACUCUAAAAAAUUAACAAUAUUCUCAAAACUGCAAUAUUCUUAAAUAUGGGUACAUGUUAAUGCAUGUAUUGACAUGGAAUUUAACACCAUUUAUUACACAUUCGUCAUUAGGAACUAUUCUUUUAUGACAAAAAGAAUAUUUGUAACCGUUAUAUGUUAAAAUGCUGAGGGUAUUUUCGUUGUUCUAUGUAUAUGGGUGUGCUCUGUGAAAAGGAGGUUUAAUGCAUGUGUGAAAAGUGUCCUCCCAGAUAAGCCUAUCGUGCAGUCCGCACAGGCUAAUCAGGGAUGACACUUUCCGCUUUAAUAAUAUUUUCUGUUUAAAGAAAGUCUCUUCUUAGCUAAAAUCAUGUUUAGGCAGAAAGUGUUGUCUCUGAUCAGCCUGUGCAGUCCGCACUAAUCUGGGACAACACUUUACGCACAUGCAUUAAACCCCCUUUUCACAGAGCACAGCCCAUAUUUAUGCCCCCCUUCGAAGAAGAGGGCGUGUAUUGUUUUGCACAUGUCGGUCAGUUCGUCAUUCCGUCCACCGAAUGGUUUCCGGAUGAUAACUCAAGAAUGCUUACGCCUAGGAUCAUGAAACUUCAUAGGUACAUUGAUCAUUACUGGCAGAUGACCCCUAUUGAUUUUCAGGUCACUAGGUCAAAGGUCAAGGUCACAGUGACAAAAAAUGUAUUCACACAAUGGCUGCCACUAUAACUGACAGCCCAUAUGGGGGGCAUGAAUGUUUUACAAACAGCCCUUGUCUUUAUUCUUAAGUCUCAGAAUUGGUUGAAGAAUACAGGUCUAGGGCAUGUAGACUUAAGAAUUAAUAAUAGACUUAGAAUCAAGAAAAAUAUGCCCAGCAUUUUAAUUUAUAUUGGCUAACUCUGGAGAUAAUGUCAUUUCCAAAAUGUUUAAGAAUUAUUUGAAUAGUGUUGGUAAUGCCAAGUUUGACUCAAAACUCAAACAAUUAGUUAAUAUUCACAUUCAAAGAAUAUUCUUUAUUUUAGAAUUAACUCUAAGAAUUGUUUGUUGAAAACUGCUCCAGGCAUCAGUUGUACAUAUACUUAAGUAGCCAAUUGAAAAAUAUUAAGUAUUCUGGUGUAAUUAAACGCUUGAAGUAUGUGUAAAAACAUAGCUAUGUCUAGUUGUAAUGAACAAGUAGAAUUUCUAAUGUAUGCCUGUUUAUCAUUUUCAAUAUGAAUGGCAAAUGUCUUCAUUUUAGGCACCAUUUAUUUCAAAGGGAUCAAAUUUAUCAUGUUGUUCUAUAUACAUGUUCAAAUUGUUUACUGUUAAAAUCACGGCUGAUUAAUUGUUCUUGUUGAAUGCAGUUGGCAAAUUGUGUGCUGUGAUAACCACAAGUCACAUGAUUUAAUAUGAGGUACCUUUACAUAAGAAUAGACAUGCAUGUUUACAUGAAUAGCGGAACCACCCAUAGGGGAUGUCUGUGUGGGGUCAUCAUUAAAUAUUUUUCUCAAUAUUUAAUUUUAGCAUUUACAACGCAUGAUAUACUGUCCAUGUCUAAUUAAACCCAUCACUAAUUAAACACGCAUGUUUUUAACAGACAUCAAUGUGUUUUUGUGUUCCAGUUUAAUUGACUCACAUAGAAACUUAAACAGGAAGCACCAAUUGUUGAGUAACUUUGGCGUUUGUUUGUGAGACAGAUUAGAUAUGGUUUCUUCAUUUUAUUUUCUGGCCCCAAAUUUAUUAUUUUGGAUAAAACAUAUAAUCUCUUUGAGUGCAUAAUUUCCGGUUAUACAUUGUAAGAUCAAAUGAUUUGAUAUACAAGUUUACAGGUUUAUUGCAAACUGGUACUGGAAGUAUGUUAGUCUAUAUGUAUCUCUAUGACGUAUCACUUUUGCCUGAGUGUUAUGUUUGUUCCAGCAUCGUUUAUCAAGAUUAUAAUUUGAAUGCAAGAGAUUUGGCAAGCAUUGUAAUUUUGGUAUGUUCUACUUUUAAACAGACAAUUGAUAAUCUUUUGCAUAUUAAAUUAUGUUGAUAUAAAUAUUUGAUAUAAAAAAACACUAACAUUUCUCUCCAGAUUUGAUAUGAAAUAAUCAUACCUUUAAUAUUACUGUUUCAAACUGUUAAUGACUUGUUUUAUAUUUCAUUGCUACUUUUUAUUCUAAGCCGAGUUAACAAAAGCACUUUAUUAGACUGUGGCACUCACUAUGCAUGUUUGUGUUAGUAUUUAGUUCUAUUUACCAGCAUCGUUUAUCAAGAUUAUAAUUUGAAUGCAAGAGAUUUGGAAAGCAUUGUAAUUUUGGUAUGUUCUACUUUUAAACAGACAAUUGAUAAUCUUUUGCAUAUUAAAUUAUGUUGAUAUACAUAUUUGAUUAAAAAAACUAACAUUUCUCUCCAGAUUUGAUAAUAUGAAAUAAUCUUGCCUUUAAUAUUACUGUUUCAAACUGUUAAUGACUCUUGUUUUAUAUUUAAUUGCUACUUUUUAUUCUUAGCCGAGUUGACAGAAGCACUUUAUUAGACAGUGGCACUCACUCACUAUGCAUGUUUUUGUUAGUAUUUAGUUAUAUUUACCAAAUCUGGAUUGUCAUUAUAUGUUAGAGACAUAAUUCAGUUUGCUUAUUUGUAAAUGGUAUACCGGUAAAUUGAAUGAACACAGUUUAUUUGAUAAUGUGCUUAAAAUUUCCCUGUUAGAAACAUUUACAGUUACGACAGUGAAGUGAUGUUUUUCUUUCUUUUAUUUUUUUGUAUUAUGAUGUUUAAAUGAUGACACAUGUCUGACAAUGUGAAUGUUAUGUUUCAAACUGAUUUAUGUGCUUAAUGUUUCAACAUGAGAUACAGCUGAUUUGAAAUGUUUAUGUGUGGACUUUCUAAUAUAUACUAUGUAUAUUUGUUUAUAUUGUGAUAUCAAAUCAUUUUUCAUGUUGUUUCAGAUACUAGUAUUGAUGAACUUUAAUAAUACGACUUAAUGUGUCAGUUUAAGUUAAAUACCUAGUACUUAUGAGAUUAAGCUAGUUAUACUUUAUUGUAUUGCUCAUCAAUAUUUACCUGGCCCUUACCUUUAUUUAUAAAUAUAUUUAAAUACCGUUACACUGAAUACUUGAUUCUUCGCAGUUAAAAGAGAUUUAAAUUGAUUGAAGCUAACCUCACUUGGUAUAUUUGCUAAACGUGCACUAACAAAGUAAAAUGCAAAAAAAGGAAACCAUCCUAGCAUAUUGCUUCGCCACGGUUUGUGAAAAGGGGGUUUAAUUCAUGUGCGUAAAGUGUUGUUCCAGAUUAGCCUGCGCAGUCCGCACAGACUAAUCAGAGACGACUUUUUCCGCCUAAACUGGAUUUUUGCAAAUCAGAGACUACUGCACAUGCUAAUCUGGGACGACACUUUACGGACAUUCAUUAAACCCCCUUUUCACAGAGCACGGCCCAAUUUAUCCUAAUGGAGUUUACGAGUGCCAGGUCACUGUUGUUGAGCUUUGUUUAUAAUCUAAAUGAAAUUGUGAUGUGGAAGAUGACAAUAAGCCAAAUAAUUCCUUUGAUAAUCCUUUGCAAUAAAGUAGAGCUUUUCCAACUUUAAUAAAAAAUAAUUUGAUUGGGUCAAAGGAUUUUUUGAUGAGACAAUACUUACAACUUUCCCUUAUUAUUAAAUCUAUUGGUGUGAAACAUUGGAGUCAAAUCAUUGUGAUAACCCAUUCAUGCCUAGCGUCCUGAAAAAAGGACAUUGCAUUGCAUGAUGCGGCGUCUCAUCUGUGUCUGCGCUGUUUGCUUAAAGGAAUUUCAGUAAGUAAUAUGCUAAAUAUAGAAAUAAAUAUACUUGACAUCUCUAAUUUUGGAAAUAAAUUGAUCCAAUUUAGAAAAAUGGGAGAGUCCACUAGACAUAAAUGGGUUAAUUCGUACUUGGUAAUAUUCUGGUACCCUGCUUCUUUACGUAGUGAAAGGGGAAGGAACUCCAUUCGUACUUGGUAAUAGAACAAUGUUGGUCACAUUUAUGCUGUUCAUGCCAUGAAAAUUACUCAGUUCUCUGUUUUAAUAAACACAAAUAACUGAAA